AUGUCCCGUUACAUCUCUGCCAUGUGGGAUUCAUUCAUCUCGGCCCUGAAGGCAAGGGGUGUUUUAUUGAAAGCUGUUGAAUGGACUGUGUUUGGUUGACUGAGCAGUGACAGUAGUCUUGGAUGAACAUUAAUACUGUAGGCCUACUGGAAAAUUGGAAUCAAUAUUCCAGUCAAUCGAUAUCAAUAUACAGUACCAGUCAAAAGUUUGGACACACCUACUCAUUCAAGGGGUUUCUUUAUUUUUACUAUUUUCUACAUUGUACAAUAAUAGUGAAGACAUCAAAACUAUGAAAAAAACAUAUGGAAUCAUGUAGUAACAAAUAAAGUGUUAAACAAAUCAAAAUAUAUUUUAUAUUUAAGAUUCUUCAAAGUAGCCACCCUUUGCCUUGAUGACAGCUUUGCACACUCUUGGCAUUCUCUCAACAAGCUUCACCUGGAAUGCUUUUCCAACAGUCUUGAAGGAGUUCCCACAUAUGCUGAGCACUUGUUGGCUACUUUUCCUUCACUCUGCGGUCCAACUCAUCCCAAACCAUCUCAAUUGGUUGAGGGUGGGUGAUUGUGGAGGCCAGGUCAUCUGAUGCAGCACUCCAUCACUCUCCUUCUUGGUCAAAUAGCCCUUACACAGCCUGGAGGUGUGUUUUGGGUCAUUGUCCUGUUGAAAAACAAAUGAUAGUCCCACUAAGCCUAAACCAGAUGGGAUGGCGUAUCGCUGCAGAAUGCUGUGGUAGCCAUGCUGGUUAAGUGUGCCUUUAAUUCUAAAUAAAUCACAGACAGUGUCACCAGCAAAGCAACUCCACACCAUCACACCUCCUCCUCCAUGCUUCACGGUGGGAACCACACGUGGAGAUCAUCCGUUCACCUACUCUGCGUCUCACAAAGACACGGCGGUUGGAACCAAAAAUCUCAAAUUUGGACUCAUCAGACCAAAGGACAGAUUUCCACCAGUCAAAUGUCCAUUGCUCGUGUUUCUUGGCCCAAGCAGGUCUCUUCUUCUUAUUGGUGUCCUUUAGUAUUGGUUUUUUUGCAGCAAUUUGACCAUGAAGGCCUGAUUCACACAGUCUCCUCUGAACAGUUGAUGUUGAGAUGUGUCUGUUACUUGAACUCUGUGAAGCAUUUAUUUGGGCUGCAAUUUCUGAGGCUGGUAACUCUAAUGAACUUAUCCUCUGCAGCAGAGGUGACUCUGGGUCUUCCUUUCCUGUGGCGGUCCUCAUGGGAGCCAGUUUCAUCAUAGUGAUGGUUUUUGCGACUGCACUUGAAUAAACUUUGAAAGUUCUUGAAAUGUUCCAUUUUGACUGACCUUCAUGUCUUAAAGUAAUGAUGGACUGUCAUUUCUCUUUGCUUAUUUGAGCUGUUCUUGCCAUAAUAUGGACUUGGUCUUUUACCAAAUAGGGCUAUCUUCUGUAUACCAACCCUACCUUGUCACAACACAACUGAUUGGCUCAAACGCAUUAAGAAGGAAAUAAAUUCCACAAAUUAACUUUUAACAAGGCACACCUGUUAAUUGAAAUGCAUUCCAGGUGACUACCUCAUGAAACUGGCUGAGAGAAUGCCAAGAGUGUUCAAAGCUGUCAUCAAGGGAAAGGGUGGCUACUUUGAAGAAUCUAAAAUCUAAAAUAUAUUUUGAUUUGUUUAACACUUUUUUGCUUACUACAUGAUUCCAUAUGUGUUAUUUCAUAGUUUUGAUGUCUUCACUAUUAUUCUACAAUGUAGAAAAUAGUAAAAAUAAAGAAAAACCCUGGAAUGAGUAGGUGUGUCCAAACUUUUGACUGGUACUGUACGUUUGCAUAGUUAUACUUCCAAAUAUUAUUAUUGAUAUUUGUCUCUCUCUCAAUGAAGCUUGGUGUGAGGUUGACAGUAAACACGGUCUUUAAAACCCCCUAGAGUCUACCGGUGUGUCAAUCUAAGUAACAUAAUACAAAUCUGUCUGUUUAAGAUAGAGAUAUCCCUACGGGACUCGUCGGAAGUCGGUAACGCUGAUGUGCCAACUUUUGUCUGUAGCGUCCGAACCGUUUGGGCUACAAACUAAUAUAACUCCACUGUAGAAAGGGGAGACUCUCACGAACACGCAUUUGAUGUUCUACGUUUUGCUCUACGACCCCCACAAGUGGGACUCCUCUAAAGGUAACCCAUUGAAUGGAAGUAUGGAGCUAGCUAAAUGAUCCAUGGUAUGACCUUCUUGAAAAUAAUUCCAUAUGUCAGCUUAGAACCCCCACCCCCAACGGCUUAGACUUUUAAGAAUUAAAGAAAAUACAUCAAAAGUGACAUAGAAUUGAGCUUCAGCCCUACUGAGUUUGUGCUUCUGGAAAAGCUCCGGAUAGCUUUGUCCAGAUGAAAGCUGUGUCCAGAGGGAUAAAAAUAGAUAGGCUUUAAUUCUGCCCACUGUGCCCAGCUGUUAAAAGGGGGCACACCAAUCAGAUGGUUCAUUCAAUUAAAUUGGCUGAUACUGUAAGUACACAUUGGAAACAAAUCCUCACAUGUGCAUGCACAUGAGGGCCUAAAGUAAGAAACAUUUCUUGACAUUUUCUGCCCCACAUAGAAUUCUGUACUAUACUGACAAAUCACCAUGCUCCCCCUAGUGGUCAACAUGUAAAUGCAACUGUGGUUAUUCUAGGCAGCAGGUUUUGAACAGAAUAAACUAUGAUAGUAUUGUCAUCACAAAGACACUAGACAUCUUGCUGCUAUAAUACUGCCAGAGCAAUGUCAAUGCACUGUGCCAAAUACUGUAGGUCUUUGUUUACUGUGAGUGACAUGCAGUCAUUCAAAAUGAAUUGGAUACAUUGAAUGUGCAUAUUUCACAUUCAAUCAUAAAACAUUUAAUAUAUCCCAUUGUCAGUUUUGCAGGGCCUUUAAUUCAGGGCCCUUAAUUUAAUGAGUGCUAAUUGAUAUAAUCAACUGAUUUGUGAGAUUGAGUGUUCCACUUCCCUCUCAGUGAGAUAACCAAUCAAUUUAGCCAUUGUGUGUGUGUGUGUGUGUGUGUGUGUGUGUGUGUGUGUGUGUGUGUGUGUGUGUGUGUGUGUGUGUGUGUGUGUGUAUGUGUGCGUGUGUAUGCAUUCGCGCAUGCGUGCAUCUGGGCCUAAAUGAGCCUAAAAAUGGCAGGUGAAGCAGACAUUGAUCUCUGUCUGUCCAGGCCGUCUAGAUGGAGCCAAACGGACUUGUCUGAGACAGCCCCUAAGGGAGAAUGCUUAAAGAGGUAGUAUUGCAGUUACUGUCUGGUAUCCAACACUAUACAACACCUGGGUUUCCUCAUGCCCUGUGUUGUCCCUAGAGCGUAAAUGAUUUGGCCACAAUAUAAGUCAUCUGCACCAGGUCUCCAGGCUGACCCAUGUUCCCUCAGGCUUAGCAGAAGCAGCGUUCUGAAAGAACAGUCUGUAGUCUAGCAUCUGACCCAGACAUGCCCUAGCUCAAUGGGUUAGCAUCACUUAGCACUGAUGUUGUUACGCAAACAAACCCAGCCAGACUUGGGUUUGGUACCAGGCGUCGCAGGGCAGGGACAGCCAAGGCCCGGGUGGGGGUUAUCUAGCGUGCACACCGUGCAGUAUUGACAAGCUGGUGGUCAGAAGCGCUCGCUUUGUGCUGGAUGUCAGUGUGUGGAUAUUGAGGAAGAAGGGCUUCAUGCUGAUGAAGAUGAGCUCUGGACAGGGAUGUGUUCAGACCUGUGUGGUAGUAGUUUUAUUACCACAGAGACAGUAGUCCCUGGGGAGCUCCACCAGGUACAGCAGCACUCUAUAGAUCAGUAGGAGGACUUCAUCUGGCCAACCCCAUUCUGUCACUUACAAUAGAGGGCAGUUAGAGGGGCUGGUUGAGGCGUGUGUCUUUGUCUGCUGUAGUGUUACCUAUUAUGUGAUAUUGUGAUGGAUUUGUAAGCCAUUGUAGGUUGUAUGCAUGUAGCAGAAACCUAUACUUUAGCAGUACAGUAUGAGAAACCUAUAUCUUAGCAUCAUUGUAAUUAACAAAAUCAAUGAUUAUUUCCUUAACAGGAUUAAACUCUCUGGACUGUGAAUUGCUCAAUAUGGGACUUUGUUAACACACCGUGGGACUUUGACUUGCUUUCUGACCAUUUCUAAAACAAAACCCCUCUUUGAAGGCUGAUGUUUGAUCUUUGUCAAUUUGCAUUGACAGAGACAAGAUUUCUACACAGCUGAAAUGUCCUACUAAUGUCAUAUAUGAUCUAAACAGGGUUGAUGUUGUUUGACAGUAUGAUCAAUUCCAAUACUCACAAUUUACUACAUAUAUGUAGGUGCAAAGUACUGAAUUUAAUUUGAACCUAACUUCCUGUCCUCCAUUGUAGAUGACGGAGGGGAGACUCUGCCAGGUGCAUCUCCUUGACGACAGGAAACUUGAGCUGCUGGUUCAGGUACAGUAUACUAUCUUCAUUUUUUUUGCUGAGAUUAUUGUAACAGUUAAUUUAGUUCCUAUGAAUUUCAAAUUGUUUUGACAAAAAAUGAUAAUGCCCUCAAAUAGAUAGGCCUAAUGCGCUCUUCAAACAAUCUCCUAUUCCACAGCCCAAGCUGUUGUCCCGUGAACUCCUAGAUCUGGUGUCCUCACAUUUUAACCUCAAAGAGAAGGAAUACUUCGGACUAACAUUUGUUGAUGACAGGUAAGUCACAUAGCUUAUUUUGUGUAAGUAUGUAAGUAUAUGUGUGUUAGACUAUACAGCGUGCGUGCGUGCAUAUACUGUAUGUAUGCUUGUAUGCGUGUCUUCACAGUGCUGUUUGUUUCUCUAACACUUUUCUUCGUUGACUCUUGCAGUGGCCAGUGUAAAUACUUGCAGUUGGACCGAAGAGUUCUGGAACAUGACUUCUCUAAGAAGGCUACUGGGCCUAUCGCCCUCAACUUCCUGGUCAGGUAGCUAUUGCAUCAUCUCAAUCUUUAGCACAUACCUUCCAGUAGGAAGCACUCCUGGAUUGGUUUGAGAUGAUAAUGAAUGGGGUUUUUAUUACAUUAGGGAAUGUCUAGUAGUGGGUGCUAAGAUUAAGGAAUGUCUUACUGAUUAUGCAUGCAAUAUGUAUUUUAUCAUUCAAUUCAACAAAUCGUUUUUCAAACCUCUAUUUGUGUGUAUCCCCGAAGGUUUUACAUCGAGAGUAUAACUCUGCUGAAAGACAACACAACGGUGGAAUUAUUCUUCCUGAAUGCAAAAGCUGCCGUCUACAAUGUAAGCUACUUGUUAUCUUAUUCUGCUGUGUGUUGAUAACCUUUGGUUUCUCAGGGGUCAGGUUGCUCUGCUUCACCAUCUCAUUCUCCCUCUUUAUAAACAACCUCAAACAGUCAGACUGUAGCUGUGAAACACUGCUUUGGAAUGAGAUGACAGUCAGUAAGGAUAGAUUGCUGAUCGGUUCAGUCCAAGAGAAUUCUAUUUCGAUGAAUACGAGUUAGUCAUAGGGACAGAGCACAGAUACAGACAUCUGCAAAGCGUCUCAACAGCCCAUAUGUACAUUUACGCAUGUAUGAUUAAGCUUUAAUUCUUACAGGGGGAUAUAGAGGUGGAAAGUGAGAAUGUCUUCAAAUUAGCAGCAAAUGCCUUGCAGGUUAGUUCCUUAUUUUCUUGGGGCCUUGUACUUUAUAGUAAUUUCCUAAUCUAAAGCAUACAUCUUCUAACAUGCUGUUUUUUUUUUUUCUUUUCUUUUUUUUUCUUUUUUUCAGGAAGCAAAGGGGGAUUUCUCAAGGUAAGGACACUGAGUCUACAAAACAUUAAGGACACCUGCUCCUUCCAUGACAUAGAUUGACCAGGUGAAUCGAGGUGAAAGCUAUGAUCCCUUAUUGAUGUCACAUGUUAAAUCCACUACAGAUGAAGGGGAGGAAGGAUUUUUAAGCCUUGAGACAAUUGAGACAUGAAUUGUGUAUGUGUGCCAUUCAGAGCGUGAAUGGGCAAGACAAAUAUUUAAGUGCCUUUGAACAGGGUGUGGUAGUAGGUGCCAGGCGCACCGGUUAGUGUCAAGAACUGCAACGCUGCUGGGUUUUUCACGCUCAACAGUUUCCUGUGUGUAUCAAGAAUGGUCCAUCACCCAAAGGACAUCCAGCCAACUUGACAGAACUGUGGGAAGCAUUGGAGUCAACAUCCUUGUGGAACGCUCUUGACACCUUGUAGAGUCCAUGCCCGAUGAAUUGAGGCUGUUCUGAGGGCAACUCAAUAUCAGGAAGGUGUUCUUAAGGUUUUGUAAACUCUAAUGAGUAUCUAACACAACAGGUAUCUAAGUAACAAGACAACAUCACACAUUUAGCAAAGACAUUCAAUAAUGGAACUGUUUCUCCAGACUUAAAGUCAAAUCAAUGACAGAGAAGUCUGUUGUAAGAGGGAAGGCAGUGAUGUUGUGUCUUGUGAGGCUGCCACGGUGUGUUAAAACCUCACACAGGCCUGCUAAAGAGUCUCAUACCACUGGCAGCUCGGCCAAGGCUACUGCAGUCUGCAGGGCUGGAUUCUAACAGCAUAGUUCUACCUCCUUUUAUACAACUUCUAUUGCAACAGCAGCACCCUCUUUUCUGUCAGGGAGCAUCCAGGUGGAACCAUGGAAAGGGAAUUAUGGAACACUGUAGAUCUUUGUCUGCAUUUCCACCUGUCUCGUUCCAAAUUAACAGCAAUUACAGGAGUUAGAUGGCCAGAGAAUGGACCUUAAGUUAGGUCAUUAUCAGGAACUUCCCAUGUGGCCAUGCACCUGGAGCGUGUCUGCCAAUUAGGUUUCUGCACCUGUGGGUCAGACAGUCUGACUCAAUAGUGGCGAUAUCCAUUAGAAGCUCAUUCCAGGUUGUUUAGACUUUAGAAGACCUCAAUGCACGAUAAUGGUUUCUCUACAUAGUUUUCUGUAUGGUAAUUUGCUAACUGUUAUGUACAGUAUUAGUUAAUGAAUUUCACCAUCCAUAUCUUCAUAACCAUUCUGUUUAAUCAUUAUUCUCAGUGAUGACACCACCAGAACGGAACUGAAGAAGCUUCCAACUCUUCCCAACAAGGUGCUAAAGGAGCACCCAUCACUUACAUACUGGUAAACUCACCUUGGUAACUGUUUAGUUUAGAAAGACUGCUAAAUAAAAGGUGGUUCAACAGCAAUGUUAUAUCAGACAAUGAUGUAUGAUGUUUGAUGCAUUCCUGAGAGGGAGGAGUGAUGCAACCCAUAACUUAGGAGUUGAAGGUGUCAUCAUAAUGCAUUUUACAGUGAGGAUCGAGUGAUAGAGCAUUACAAACAGCUGAAAGGAGUCUCCCGAGGACAGGCCAUAGUGAAGUGAGUAUUGGAAAAACAAUGAUCCCUCAUUCCCUCUCAUACACACCUGUUUACCACAAGUCAUCAGAUAAAAUACAUCAGGCCCUGGCUUCAUACAUCUUGCUCUCAUCCCUCACCCCUCUCUCUUUCCAUCUCUCUCUCUCUUUCUGUCUCGCUCUCGCUCUCUCUGUCUCUCUGUCUCUCUGUCUCUCUGUCUCUCUUUCUUGCACACGCUCUCUCUCUCCCUCCCUCUCUUUCACACUCUCUUUCCUCUCUCUCUCCCUUAUUCUCUCACUCUCUCAUCCUCUCUCUCUAUCACUCUAUCUCCUUUCUCGCAACCAAGGUCUGAUAGAAAUCAAUAACCCACUCCAGUUACUGUCUGGCCAGUGAAUCAUUGUGAUUCACUGUAGGCAUCUUUAACAUAUCAGGCUCUCAUUGUCCUGUGUACAGUACCAUCUAUAAUAUUUAUGGUAAACCACCUUUUGAAAAUUAAAGAGGGAAUUUGGGAUGUUACUGUAAUAGAACAUUAUUUCAAUUCAGGUAUUUGACCCUAGUGGAAUCCCUACCCACGUAUGGUGUCCAUUAUUAUGAAGUAAAGGUAAGAAUACAGUAUAUUGCAUUAUGCACACAACAAUAGCUAUUGCACUUAUAAAAUCAGAUUUCUCUAAGGGAAUGGAUGUAUGCAGUUCAGUCAUGGAACUAUGCUUUUGCCUCACAGGACAAGCAAGGCAUCCCAUGGUGGCUUGGGAUCAGCUACAAAGGAAUUGGCCAAUAUGAUUUGCAGGACAAAUUGAAACCCCGGAAGGUACAGUAAUUUGUUUGUUCCCAUUUGUGUUCUCCUCUACUUACAAUAUGGAGGAGUACAGGAUACGUUUUAUUUUAUUGGCAGUGUACAGCAGUCAUUGUGCAGUAUAGCCUUUAUACAGGCAUAUAGGAGAUUCAUUCUGCAGAUGUCUGUCUGCUACUGUCAAAUUAUAUCUGACAGCGCUAGGAGCUUCAGCAGUCUAUUUGGGGAAUGAUGAAAUGACAGGGCAGGGAUAAAGAUUCCUCCGUAGCACUAGACCUCUCGCACACAUUCAUCACCUAUUCCACUGAUCAGGGUUGGGCCCUCAUUACAGCUGGAGCAGACAAGGCCAGACUUGAAAAUCCAAGUGACAGUCAGUUCAUUACCAGACUGUUUGAUCGAUCCCUUUAGGUAAACAUUACAUUGGAGACCUUUAUUUAUUACAUUUCUGUCUGACAACCUAUCACUCAUAACCAAAUCAAUGUCAGGACAGAGGUAUGCCUGCACUACUUUUACCAGACCAGUUAAUAUAUGUAGACUUAUUUAUCAUUCUGAGAAUCCUGCAUGUAAAGUGUGUAACCAGCUCUUCUGGUUCAGUGGAUGUUUUCUAGCUUGGUGUUAUUCUGUUAAGAAGAGGAGGAACACCCAGCUUUGUGAUCCGUCUCUACAGUAUCACGUUGUUAAGUUUAUGGUCUAUGUGCGUAUGAGUCUGAACAUGAAGAGAGAAGAAGAGCUGGUUGGGCAGACGUUUAGUGUUGGGAGGAGGGAGGAGGGUGUUUCUGUGAUGUCAAGGACAUAGAGGCAGGGUCUGGGCGUUACCCUUCAGAGUGCUGAGAAUACCUGAGGAGACUUGUUGGAAGCAGAGAGAAGGAGUUGUUUGAGCUGGACAGAGAGGAUUACAGACAGCAAGGAUUGUUCACUUACUGAACCUCUACUGGUAAGAGUCUGAGAUGACGGUAGAGUUUUCCAUAUUGGAUGCUGACAAUCUAAUUUGUUCAACGAAAAACAGCUACAGUGGGGUCUGAAAUUAUUGACACCCUUGAUAAAGAUGAGCAAUAAUGAUUAAAUAAUUAAAAUACUGAGCUAUAUUGUAUGCUCCAAAAAAUUGGGAAAUUAUUUUAUUUUAUACUAAUACAAUUGCUCAGAGAAAGCGAUUUUGUUUAACAAGUAAUUUUAAAAAAAUCUCUAAAAGGUAGGGGUCAAAAUUAUUGACACUCCUAAAGAUUCUUAUAAAUAAAGUAGGCAAAAGUUUAGUAUUUGGUCCCAUAUUCCUAGCACGCAAUGACUCGAGCUUGUGACUCUACAAACUUGUUGGAUACAUUUGCAGUUAGUUUUGGUUGUUUUUCAGAUUAUUUUGUGCCCAAUAGAAAUGACUGGUAAAUAAUGUAUUAUGUCAUUUUGGAGUCACUUUUAUUGUAAAUAAGAAUAGAAUAUGUUUCUAAAUUCUUCUACAUUAAUGUGGAUGCUACCAUGAUUACGGAUAAUCCUGAAUCAAUCGUGAAUAAUGAUGAGUGAGAAAGUUACAGAGGGUCAAAGAUCAUACCUCCAAGACAUGCUAACCUCCCCUGUUAUUGGUAAUGGUAAGAGGUUAGCAUGUCUUUGGGGUAUGAUCUUUGACCCUCUGUAACUUUCUCACUCAUCAUUAUUCACGAUUCAUUCAGGAUUAUUCGUAAUCAUGGUAGCAUCCACAUAAAUGUAGAAGUGUUUAGAAAUCUGUUGUGAUUCACCAUUACAGAUGGGUACAUAUGAAGGUGUCAUAUGCCGGCUUUGAGAGUCAUAGUUUAAGUGAAAGGUUUCACCACUCCUUAAUCAGUUGUUUCUCUGUCUCUCUGUGUUUACCUCCAUAGCUGUACCAGUGGAAGCAACUGGAGAACUUGUAUUUUCGGGAGAAGAAAUUUGCUGUUGAGGUGAAUGACCCUCACAGGUGAGGGCAAGUCAAACUAUAGAUAUUUAUCACAACUACAUGGAUUAGAAUUUCCUUUAGACAACCAAAGAAGCUCAUCUUCCUGAGACUAAUCAUUGUGUAUGUAUUAUCUCUAAACAGGCGGGCAGUGACGAAGCGUACAUUUGGCCAGACUGGCUUAGUCAUCCACACAUGGUACGCCAGCCACUCAUUGAUCAAAACCAUCUGGGUCAUGGCCAUCAGUCAGCAUCAGUUUUACUUGGACAGAAAGCAAAGCAAGGUAAGGUGCAAGGUACCAUGUUAUAUGAUCUAUUUUUAGGCCUGACCCAAUCAGUGUAUCUGUGUUCUGUACCUUUAUGCAUCCCUAUACCAACCAAAUUGAUCAAUUUCUUCAUGUAGGAUUAAAUGCUUGUAUUUACAUGUAGACAGUGUAGAGCUGUAGUAUGUAUUGACUAUAACAAUCCCUAAUCCUCAAUCACCUCAAUCUCUCCAUCCCAGGGUAAAAUAAGUGCCGCGAAAAGUUUGGGUGAUAUUGCCGUGGAUUUAACAGAUCAUGGAGGAGGAACCAAGAUAACCAGGCUGGGAGAUAACCUUAAGCAUAACCUCAUUAUGGCUAGCACUGGCAGCCUGGUGUCAACAGGUGGGCCAGCAUUCUGGUAGCUCAAAUCUCUCUUUAGCUAAAUGUUUCUCUUUUGAAAAACCUGUAAAUGGAAAGGGCUAGGAAAAAUAUACCCGUAUUUGUAUGCACUUUGUGUUAGAUAAUGUGCAACCAAAACAAGCAAAUAGACCUAUGGUACAUUUACAGUGUAAACAAUGUCACCACUACAGGGUCUGCAGAUUCAGCGGUGGACGAAGAACAGAAAAAGGAGAAGAUCUCUGAGCUAAAGAAGAAGGAACAAGAGAUCCAAGAUGUCUUGACCCAGAAAACAAAGGAACUAAAGAAAAUCUGCUUGAGAGAGGCAGUGAGCUACUCUAAAAUCUAAUUGUUUCUCUCUGCUUGUAGACAAUUGCUUACAUUGAUUUGCUCAUUACGAGCACCUGGAGGGUCUAGGCUGAUACAGUUAAGGAAUUCCUUUUUCAUUGCAGUCAGGGUCAUUCAGUAGAACACCAGUGAAGCUACUAUAUAAAUUGCCAUAGUUUGGUCAGUUGAGACUAUUGGAGUAAAACGCUUUGUAACUGUAAGAGCCUGUAUGUUCCCUCCAGGACCUUCAGUGAAGAGAGUGUCUGUUUUCUCCAGUUGUUUGCUGUGAAGCUAAAUGACCUGUAUGCUUUGUUUUGUGUUUUCAGGAGCUCACGGGCAAACUGCCCAAAGAGUAUCCCCUGUCUGCAGGCGAGAGACCUCCUCAGGUCAGACGACGAGUUGGCACGGCCUUCAAACUGGAUGACCUCUUCCCAUACAAUGAGGUCUGUGUUGAAACGUUCAGUAUAUGACAUAUAUUUUGCUAAUCUCGGCACCCAGAACCAAAUCUCACGUUUACUGCAGUGGGCUAAAUCAGGGUCACACAGAGUGUUUCUUGGUAGUCUUAAACACAUCUACUUUGAAACAAAAGUAUACACCUCACAUACAUGGUUAUGAGCUUAAAUUAGAUUUUGAUUUGAUUUGGAAAAAAAUAAGACACCUGUACCAUGUCAGAUAUAGAGUUGAAAUGUAUUCAAUUUUGAGUUUGCAUCCCAAUAUUACACUUUAUAUACAUCACAGAAGACUGAUAUAUAACAAAACCGUUUGACAAAGAAAAACAGAAUUAUCUGCGUAAAGAAAACACAUUUAUUAUGAAAUUAUUAAAAAUAUUCAUAACAUUCACCCAUGAGGCCACUAGAGGGCGAUUUGGUCAUUCGACUGCAGGAAAAUAAUUAUAUAUGUCUGUCAUGAGAGACUAAUAUUUUGUAGAAUAUGACAUGACAUGAAUUCCAUGAUUUCCUCAGGGAGGGUUGUGAACUGGGGUGUUAGGAUAUUAUUCUAAGCAGAGUACCAUCUGUACCGUACACUGAAAGAUUGUUUUUGUGUGAUUAAUGGAAUGUGAUGAAGAUUGCAUUCAUGUCCUGUCCUGUUUCGUAUGGAUCACGUGUUGAUGAGUUGUCUUCUGUAUUUCCCAAUACAUACACAAACUACUGCAAAAUAUUACCUUGUUGUUAUGGCUACAUUGUUUGUAAUUUUCAAGUUGGAUAUGCAUGUCAAUUGCUCAGUUGAAAUUGAAAUGGAUCUGCCCUUCUCUGCUGUAAUAUUGUCUAUAAUAAUGUAUGUAUACUCUGAUCUGUAGGACCCUUAUCUGAGGAACCUGGAGAGCAGGUUUGCUCUUCAGCAGAAGAUCGUGGAAGCAGCUAAGAAACUAGCCUCGGAGGCAGAGCUCUGUAAGACGGUGAAGAGGAAGAGGAGGAGGAACUGUCAGGACGCCAUGAGGAAACUGCAGCAGGUUGAGGAUGACAUGAACCAGUACAGAAUCAAGAAGGGCGAGAAGUCUACCCAAAGAGCCUCUGUGAUUAUUGCAGGUACUGUAGAUAAAAGUAGACACACACAUUCCGCUGUAUGAGUUUAUUGAUUUGUACUAUAAUCUUUCAUCUAUGAUAUGCUUUCGUCCAUCUUCCCUAGAUGAGCUUCUCCGUUCAGAGACGAGCUCGCUGUCAGACAGUCAGAUUCUGGAUGACGGUGAGUGGAACACAGUUCAGUCAUACAUUAGCUACAUGACCUUUGUUGCAACAGUGCCUUUACCAGUCCCAUCUGACCAUGAGUUGUGUCUCUUUGUCCAGAUGACUCUGAUGGUGCUCAGAGGCCCCGGUCACGGUCGGUCCAGUGCUCCCCUCAGGUCAGCCCUGCACGCUCCCUGGAUCACCACCACAACAAGAGUCUCAGCAGGUUAGCAUUUGACGGCCAGGAUGCUUCACACCAUUUCCACCCCAGAGAGGUGUCAUCUGCACACAGCAGCCCCUACAAAACCUUACCCAGAUCUCCACGGGACCCACGCAGCAUGCCCUCCACCCCCGUUAUGACCCGCAAUGCCUACAGCAGCAGCCAUCUCAGGUGAGACCCCCCCCUCUCAGACCAUGCCUACCCAAACCCUUACCCAGUCACCCCGAACCUGAACAUUUAACCUGUAAUCUAAAACCGUACCUGCAUCCCAACGUUUAACAGAAAAUGAUUGUAAUCAUAAGUAUUUAGUAUGCUGUACAUCCAGAUUUCUUAACACUAUUUGCUUGAUAACCCUAUAAUUACAUUGUUAUUUUUUUUGUGUGAGACUUUUGCAGGUCACACUAUUUGCUUGAUAACCGUCUAACAACACAUUUAUGUGACAAUAACACAUUAAAUGUUUGUUUGUUUUAUAAAUGUUUUUUGGCUGUGUGACUUUUGCAGGUCGGAUGGGAACUCUCAGUCCUUCAGGCACCGCAGUGGCAGUCUGGAGUCCCAGCAACGGAUACUAAAGGAUACCAACUCAGAGAAGCCAGUCUUCACCCUGUCCCCUGCCUACAGGAGCAACAGCACAGAGGCCAUGGAGGACUGCUCCUCCUUCACCAGCCAGUCCAGCCUGGACUACCCAGGCAACCCCCACUACUGCACCCUGGACUCUCGAACCCGCAACCAUCAGCUCCACAGGAGGGUGGAGGUCUAUGGAAACACAGGCAGUAUGCCUAAUCUGGUCCAGAAUCAUAUCGGCUGUAGUUAUUUGUACGAGCCCCCAGCGCACUAUGCACCAACUGCUUACUACGUGGCAGGCUACCCCUGUCCAGACAUGGAGCCCUACUCCAAUGGUGCUUACGUGUAUGAGAACGAGAUUGAGGGCCACUACAAUGUCAACCCCUCUUACCAAGUACAAAAUUACCACAGACACGAGCGGUACAGGACCUAUAGUAGUGAUCAAGCAGACAGCCUUGCUCAGAACCCAUACGCCACCAUGAGAUUGCCCCGGACCAGACAGGGGCCCCGCAACGAGCCCUUGCAGAAGAACAUGCAGAAGGCCCUGGUGGCUGAGCACCUGAGAGGCUGGUACCACCGCAGCGGGGGCCACAGAGAGGCAGGCAGGGGUCUGGCUGGGUAUGACUACGACAACGGCUCUCAGCUCAGCCUGGGAUACCAGACCAUGCCAGCCCCCUUCAGCCACUCCAGCCGAACCACCUCCUACUCCUCAGGUAGGGAUAGAUCCUGCUUCUCCUCAUACUGCAGCAGGUCACCUCAGAAUACCAUACUCUGUCUGUUCACCCUCAGUAACACAGAGGGACACGUAUUUUUCGGAUCAAUAUAAUGCAUACAUUCCUAACAUACUGUAUGACAAUAAUUCUGUAUUGUUUGUUAGGGUUAGGAUUAGGGUUGUGGUUGUGGUUGAGGGUUAGGGUUGGACCGGGAUGUGGACAUGAAACUAGGGUUAGGGUGUCAUUCUCUGAGACUCCCCAAUAUGUGUCUGUUUCUUUAGUCCAACUAAAAAGUGUUCACUUUGUCUCUCUUUCUAGUUUCCUCAUCAACCAGCACAGGAAACUGGCGCAGCCAGCUGGCUGUGGGUGUAACAGACUAUGAUAACAUGGCAGAGUCACCACAGCACCCUCACCCAGGAGCCCAUGACAUUUACAACCGCAGCCCCACCCAUACCAGGUGAUAACCAGUAACCUACCACAGCACCACACCUACAUGUCGUUUUCCAUACCAUACAGGCUAUUAUAAAUUGUGUGGUUCGAGCCCUGAAUGCUGAUUGGUUGACAGCCGUGGUAUAUCACAGGUAUGACAAAACAUGUAUUCUUACUGCUCUAAUUUUGUUGGUAACCAGUUUAUAAUAGCAAUAAGGCACCUCGAGGGUUUGUGGUAUAUGGCCAAUAUACAGUAUCAUGGCUAUGGGCUGUAUCCAGGCACUCUUGCGUCACGCAUAAGAACAGCCCUUAGCCAUGGUAUAUUGGCCGUAUACCACACCCCCUCGGGCCUUAUUGCUUAAAUAUAGAAUUGACAACAGUACCACUAAGUAUAUGCUAAAUCUUAUAAUUGGUUGUCUAUGUCUGCUAAUGUUUUCUCCUCCCCAUACUCAAUGGCAGGUCCUCUUGUGGAUGUCACCUCUGUUCACUCUCUGUGUGUGCCUGUCACGAUAUUGAGCCUCAGGACCUCCCUAGCAUUGUCACCACUUGCCACUAUCCUUCCACUUGCUCUUACUCCUGCUGCAUCCUCUCCUCUUCUCCACCUUCCUCCUCCUGUUCCUCCUGCUCGUCUCAUGAUUGGACAGGUCAUUUUGGCUGCCAGAUAGACAUUUACAGAGAUUAAAAUGCUAUCCUUAUCUAUGAACUGUCUUUGCUAGUAAGUGACAUCAUAUGGCAGCAUGUUCAGUUUGUUUGGUCUGUUGGUGUGAAACUAAACCCCAAUAACGAAGUAAUCUCUAAUGAGUGUAUAUGAACUAGUGAUCUUUUCACUUUCUUUCACUAACUGUCUAUCCUCAAUCGUCAUGUACAUAGAUUUCUCCCAGAAUGCAAUGUGUUGAAGAGGUCUGAUACGAUGCCAGUAGAGUCAGUAGAGGUGUUUGGUGCUGUGGCCAAUAGCACUGAGGAAGACCAUUAGGCAACUAUUCAAACACAGAAGGGUGAGAUGAGAUGCAAAUAGGCUGUCGUAGUGGUAAACCAUUUCCAUCAGUGCCACUGUUGUCAGUUUCCAUCUGCGUCUCAUCAUUUGUCAUAUUGAUCAAUAUACUGUAGCUCAUUUAGUGGCGUCCACCACAGGUCAAUCAGGGUGAAAUCAAUAUGUAGACCAUUCAUUAAAUGUACAGCCAGAGCAGUGGUAACACAUACUGCCAAGGCCCAGUUGGCCACAUUCCACUCCAUUUCAGAUACUUAUAGCUCAUGAAUGGCAAUGCCUUACCCGGUCGACCAAAGGUUUUGCCAAAUUAUCUUGCUCUUUGAGCAGGCUCACAAAUUCAGCAUGGACGCAUGUGAAGUAAAUGUUGUGUUCAUUACAUCCUGUAGCUAGAAACCACACUUUCACAUUGUCUAGCUUCAUAUCCACAGUUAAAACACCACAUCCUCCUCAUAACUCAUAGAACCAGUAGUAGAGUUGACCUACUUUUGCUUACCUCUCAUUACUGUAAGUUGUGAUCCAUAUUAAAUGGAAAAGUCUAAUUUAAAAUGUUACAUUCCUUAUUUUAUUGCAUGACAUGCUUGACAAGUUAGUAGCAGGUUUUCUUUUGUUGAAUAGUCUUCUUUCUAAUGACAUAUUAUUUUCAUAGUGUGUAUCCAUGGUUUGUUGUGUUCCAUUUUCAUGGCUCUAGAUAAUAAUCACCAGCUGUUGCAGCAUGCAGGGGGUUUGAUGAAGUACUAUGUUGUGCUACAGUAUGGGAGACUUUUAUAUUGACCUUGUUUGUUUGUUUUCAUCUCUUUAUUACAGAAGAGUAUACAUGGAUGGAAAUUACAUGGACAUGCACUAAAGAUAAGAGGACCAACAGGAACACUGGCACAAUGACCCCAACACUGGAAGCACAGUUCUCUGGAAGGAUACCAACUAACCUCUGGACAUACUGUAUUAUGACACUCUUGAAUUACUCUCCCAUGUGCCUUGGAUUAGAUGGAGAUUGAUAUUAUUCAGGAAGACAUGGAUGUGGUGAUGGCACAAAUGCAAGGUUUUGCUGAUCUGGAAAACCAGCUUCAUCAUUGUGAAUAUUGUGAAGGAUCUACAAACAGCAUAUCAAACCCUGGGAUACCUUUGACCCAAAUAUAUUACCCUAUUGUAUUAUGACAAAAAUAAGUCUUUAAAAAAGUUCUCAUUGUCUUUAUGAUAAUCAGUAAACUGUGUAUUGAGAGUGUAGGAAUAAGGAGUUAAAGCAGGAUAUCUCCAAAGUGUUGUGCCAUACAGUACACACAGAGCCCUAUUUAGUGAGCUACUCAUUAUAAAAGUUGUAAAUCAACUUGAAUAUCUUUGUAAAACAUUUAGGUAUACAUUUUGGAGUUACUAUUCACAAAGUGUGAUAACAAAAGAAUAAACCAACCCUUCCUUACUGCAGUCUGUUCGUCCCAGGUUUGUCAGUAAAUGGACUGAUGCGCUCUCUCCUCUCCCAAGUAUGAAUCUGAAUGUUGAUAUUGUUUAAAGAUUAUUCAUAUUUUCAUUUUUGUGAAUGUGUUAAUGUGGUGUAAAUUGCUUGCAUGUGAACAUAAACUUUUGAUAAGCAGCUUUUUUGUAUAUUGUAAAAAUAUAUGCCUUUGAAUUAGAUAACCCUAAAAUAAUGUUCCUUUAUUGUUUUUCUUUAUUGUAUUUCUCUACAUAUUUGUACAUUGUCCAUGUAUUGUUAGGCUUUGUCAUCUCCUACUCUGAGUGAAAUAUCUCCCAUUUGGAUUUGGGACAUCAAUAAAAAAAAAAAUGUGUGAGACACAUACAGCAUGUGGUGUGACUUCCUUAUCCCUGGAUGUGGUAAAGAAGAC